AUGAAAGACCUGGCAAUAUUGGUGCUGUUAUUGAAGCAAUACGAAGGUUCUGUUUGCCGAGAACUUCUCUCAAGUUUAAAGGAGAGGCUCCAGGGAAUGUCAUCACCCAACCCUACCUUCCCUGGAUCCCUCAUCCCCUCCUCCCAGCAUCACCCAACCCCGCCCUCCCUACAUCCCUCAUUCCCGCUCUUCCCAGCAUCACCCAACCCCGCCCACCCUGCAUCCCUCAUCCCCUUCUUCCAGCAUCACCAAGCCCGCCCUCCCUGCAUCCCUCAUCCCCUCCUCCCAGCAUCACCUAGCCCUGCCCUCCCUACAUCCCUCAUCCCCUCCUCCCAGCAUCACCUAGCCUCGCCCUCAUUGCAUCCCUCAUCCUCUCCCAGCAUCACCCAACCCCGCCCUCCCUACAUCCCUCACGCCCUCUUCCCAGCAUCACCUAGCCCGGCCCUCAUUGCAUCCCUCAUCCCCUCCUCCCAGCAUAACCCAACCCCGCCCUCCCUGCAUCCCUCCUCUCCUCCCAGCAUCACCCAAACCCGUCCUCCCUGCAUCGUCGUCUACUCACACGCUGCAGGUGGAGACGGCGAGACGAUGGAGAAAGUCGAGGCUCGGGAGACCAAAGAUGGAGGCAGAGAUAUCUUAGAUACAAUACCUCAAGAACUCGACAUUGAAGUCCUAUCCAGUGGUAACAAGGUUGCUGUAUCAGUGGGAGGAACACCGGCAAUGGUGUCGUUGGUUUUGACGGCCCUCCGAUGGAAUAUGACGGCGAUUGCUUUGACUUUCACCACGACCUUGAUGGAUUUUCCAUCUGGGAAUGCCAUCGAUGUCGGUCGGCCCAACUCGGAUCUGGUCUGA